CAGUCAUUAGACCCGGAAGUCGAUGUGCUCAUGAAAAUAUUUGCGUAAGUGUCCUCUCCAGGCUGAAACAGAGCAUCAUGCCGACGUCUCCUGUUAAAACCCGGAUUCCCCUCACCAGCUUCGGGCAUCUUAUAACAGAGGUGAAGAGGCAGCUGUUUGGCAUCGAGGCACCGGCUUCUGUAGAACUGAGUGGUUGGAGGAAGUACUUUAAUAGCUACACGCUGCAGGGCCGUCGAAAUUGCGUCUUAGCAACUUAUGGGAUCCUAGUUGUAACUGCAGCUGCCUAUGUAAUGCACAGACAGAACAAAAAAGAAAAGCUGACACCAACAUCCACAGCCUGAAGGAACAUGAAGCACUGAACAUGAACAGUUUCAGAUGGGUGUGAACAGAAGGAAGAAACGACACUACCUCUAAUCAUGUCGAACAUAACCGCUUGAAUCUGUGCUGUAUUAAUAAAAGUUGUCAAAAUGCUCA